UCAGGGGAGGGUGGUGAGUGCGCAUGCGCUUUCUGCAGACGAGGCUAUAUCAUCCUGUUAUCCUCAUCCAUAUUAACGCUGGAAUAUUUCUGCGUAGGUGUUUACAUCCAGGCUGCAGGACAAAAUGCACUCUUACGUCUUCUCGAUCCUGCUAUUUGCCCUUCCCCUUUCUUCAGGUUGGGAUUUAUUAGGUGAAAGGGAGAAAGUUCAGACUGUGUGUGUUGGGAAGGAGUUUCGACUGCCGGUGGACUCCACAUCCAGAAUUGUGACGUUUUCACCGGACUCUGAGGGGCCGAGACAAGUCCUGCUUGAAAAAACCACAGUGAAGGAUCCACGUUUUGAGUGGACCAGAGAUAAGACGUUAGUCCUGAAAGAAGUGACUCUCAGAGAUCAGGGACUUUAUGCCAAUAAACUGUCUGUUGGCUUCACCUACGAGACCGUUCAUCUGAUUGUUUCAGAAUGCAUUAAGCCGUACCGCAGGAACUAUGGAGAGACCUUUGAGCACGGCAUCCCUGAAAAUGGCUCUGUGUUGGAGUUCUCCCGUCGGGGUGCGCCGCCUGAGGCCAAGCCCAUCGUGUUGUGGAACCGCACAAACCCUGAAACGUCGAACGCGGGACGGGGACGACUGCUGCGUGGGGGCAAAGUCUGGGCGGCAGAGAGAGUGACGCAAGCAGAUCAAGGCAACUACACCAUAAAAGACGAUGACGGGAACGUGCUGUCUCGCAGCACCCUCUCCGUUCGCGGGUACUCCUUCAACAUUACACGUUUCACCAAGGAGUCUCUAAACCUACCCUUGUUUCUCCCUGUCCAUCAUGCCCAUCUCAUUUUUACCCCAAGUCGAAUUCCAGAUGAAGCCUCACUGGGUCCCUUUGACCCCAAACCUCCUCGCGGCCCCGUUCAGCUGCUUCGUGAGGGCCAGAUAAUAGACCACGACCUGCGCUACAGAGGUAUCAUCUCUCUCAUCCGGAACGGAUCAGUACACGAUGUCGUUAUCACGAGACUUACGCCAAGGGACGACGGGCUGUAUGAAAUCAGAGAUGGGGAUGGAAACAUUGUGUCCUCCACCUACUUGCAUAUCAUUGAAAAAAGGGCCACUUGGCGAGCACUCUUCAAGUCCAUCAGUGUCUCUUCUGGCAUGUUUGUGUCUCUGGCUGGUUUCAUCUUGUUCAUGAAACGCUACCCGAACUGCAGCGUCUCACAGAUCAUUACUGGCAUCAGGACAAACCGCACGCCUCCAGCUAAUCCGCCAAGAGUUAACAUCCAGGAGUACAGUCAGCCCCUCCCACAGCCCCCAUCCUAUUAUAGUCACUGCGAACAGCCUCCAACGCCAAGAAAAUGGACCCCUAUGGCCAGUCCGGUUCAUGCUGGUUAUACUCCUGUUGGGUCAGGGAGUCCGAGAGCAGACAACCAGGAGGUACAAAGACAAACGCCUGGAAGCUCACCCCUUCGUAAUUUGACCACUGAGUUGGAUAAAUCCAACGAGGAAGACGAGAAGAUUUCCUUCUCUAUGCCUGGGGGCUCAGACUGCCUCCACUCAUCUGAGGACUGCGUCCAGUUCCAGAUCAAGAAAGACAGAGACGAGCAAAGAAGGAGCAGAUCAAAAGACUUCUUUUCCACGCUGCCGCUGGACGAGGACAGCUCAGAAUCCUGCAGUGUUUACACCUCGAAGAAAUUGGACUUUUUAUAAAACGGGGACGAAGACCAGGAGUUAACGAUGCAAAGUACAGAUGGAAUUCCAUUCAUUGAUUCUAAGAAGACAUCAUAGCACUAUUUGCACAGUUUUAAAUCUUUGGUUUGUACUGAUUUCUGAACCAUGAGGGAAGUGUUGAGUUUUCUGUCUCACUUUGCACUGGUGAAUGGUGCUAAAAUAUCCUACUGUUAUCUACCUCUAAACCCUCAGGACAGAUAUGAUCUGCACUGUAUUUACUGAGUGUUUGUGUUCUGUCAUCUCCAGGGCUAUAAUAUCAAAAGUGUGACUCUAAAGUUGCAAUAGAGAAUUCAGAUCACUUCACAUCAACAUAGUAUGAACUGAAGUGCUUGCCCAUCAUGCUGACUCUUUCCCUAUUGUUGCUACGGUAAUCGUCAUUAUAGAUAUCCUGUGUGUCCUGCAGUUUAUGUAUGUUUGCAGGUGUAGUGGUUUUACCUUUGAGAAAACUGUAGUAUAGACACAUGGCAUGAAUCUCCAAAUAUUGUAACAGCAAAGCAAGCAGUUAAUCUUUGAACCUUGUAUACUAGAAAAAUAACUAAGUCUUUAAGUAAUCCUUUAUCUAAUAACAAAGUCUUAUCUCUAAAAUAAAAUGUAUCUUUAACAAACAUAUCUAAAAGUUAUUUUUGUGCAUGUGUAUUUCAAUAAAUUCUUUAAUG